AUGGUGAGCAAAUCCAAAGCAGCUACUGCUUCGCCCGCUGCUAGCAGCAGCACCAGAUCUGCAAAGGUAAAACCCUAUCAAGAAGUCAUUACCGUGCGUGCGUCCCCUGUUACCUCACCAACUGAAACGCACGACGAUAAUCAAGCUCUACAAGCUCGGCCAACUCCGUAUCAGCGGCUCCGUGAGCUCCUCGCGGACGCUGGGCGCGUGAUAUCCAGUGUCGAAGAGCUCCAGCAACAUAUCCAGGCCUCUGGCAGCACUGAGCACAGAAUCACCUUGAGAUUGAAGCUCCUCUGGAUCUCUGACCACGUUCACAAAGACCUCGCGUUUGUGAAACUACACUUCAUUGAUGCAGCUUCACCAGAGCCUUUGCAGGACCUUCUCGGGCUCUUUCGUGAUCAAUAUGACCAGAACCGUGAUGCCGUGAACUCGCUGCUGUUUACAGCUACAAUGUGGAACGUUGAAUCUUCGUCCCGAGAGCUUCCUACUCCGGAUACAAUUGUCACCAUCACCGACUGCUCGAAGUUGGCUUUGUAUCGAGACAAAGAAUGCCAGGCAACGGUCCGCUUGAGAGACUUGUCGUGGCAGCGUGAAGAAUGA